AUGCUCAUCUUGUCACUUUGGCCAGCAUUGUACAUUCAGAUUUGUUUUAUAAAUAUACUGUAUUUAACUAUCGGUACAUUAUUGCUAUUCACAUAUGGCUCAGCAAAUUGUUUAAAAGCGAAGAAACUUUCAGUUACAAAAGAUGCAUCAUCUAAUCAACCAAAGAAAGCAGUUGUUGAACAUUCUAUACGUUUAAGUUAUCACAACGAUUUACCAAAAAGUGAAGGAAGCGAUGAAACAACACCCAAAAUUGUUAGCAAACAUCAUCCUGGAACUCUAUUUAUCAGUCCUGAUCAGACACAAUCGGGAGUAAUUGGCUCAAAGAAUUUACUUCCAUCCAAAUAUACGUCAAAAUUAUGUCGUGAAGCAGAAAAAGUUAUCAGAAAAUCUUUGAUUGUUGGAAGUGAGAAAUUGACAGAGGAUAAAACGCAAGUGUCAGUACCAUCGAUGGAUUUUACACAAAUGACAGCAGAAUCAGAAGAAAAUGAUAAGCAAUCAUCAAAAACAUUAACAGAAUCAACAAUGAAAGAAAGCAAAAAUAUAUUGAAACAUGAUAAAGCAUCAGAUGAAGCACUUACACAAAAUGUUUCAUUAAGUCAAACAUUAGAUGUUAAACAGGUAAAGGUGCAGCAACCUUCGGAAGGAGAGGAAUCAGGAAGUAAUGGACAAAGUGCUGCUGCUAUUUCUACAACCGAUGAUCGUAAACAAGAUAGUAUCACAGUCGAUACAAGUUGA